ACAACUUCCAAAAAGCAGUUGACGAGGACGAAGCCAUUCCUGCAAACAUAAGUAUUGCAUCUAUGAUGCAGUAUUGGGUGGAGGAACAGGGAUAUCCAGUUAUCAGUGUCGAUGUUAAUAUGGAUACUGGCUUGAUUAAGAUCACACAGGAAAGGUUCUUUAUUAGCCCUUCGGCUGCAGCAACAGAACAAAAUUGGCCUUUACCACUUACAUUUACAACCGGCAGCAACCCUGAUUGGGACAACCUUAAAGCGACUCAUGCUUGGAAGAGAAUACGAAAUACAGAAGGAACCCGGCCACGAAUGGAUUAUAUUUAAUGUACAACAACAAGGCAUUUACAGAGUCAACUACGAUGUUCAUACUUGGGAAAUGAUUGCUGAUGCUCUGGGCUCUAACUACUCGAGUAUACAUCAUCUGAAUCGAGCUCAGAUUGUUGACGAUGCGUUUGCUUUGAUGCGCUCGGGAAGGAUGACUUAUGACCUUGGUUUCCAAGUGCUUGAUUUCCUCAAGAAAGACACAAGCUAUUACUCCUGGUAUCCAGCCAUCACAGGAUUCUCUUGGUUAAGGAAUCGCUUCAGGCACAUGCCUGACACUUUUAGAGAGUUCAACGCAAUCCUGUUGGACUUCGUGAAUGCUGUGGUAUCAGAACUUGGUUAUGACGUUCAAGAUGGUGAACCACUUACAAGAACAUUGAACAGAUUUUAUGUGCUACAAUUUGCUUGUGAAAUCGGGCACGAAGGUUGUGUUUCUGAUGCAAUCGCGAAAUUCAAUGCUUACAAGGAAAAUGGAGAACGAUUGAGUGUAAACCCCAACUUGAGACGGCAUGUGUUCUGUCAGGGACUCUUGAACGGAAACUACACCGACUGGCGAUUCAUGUACAAUAGGAGACAGGCCUCGAAUAAUCAGGGAGAUGAAGUGGCUAUGUUGAGAGCUCUGGGCUGUACUACAAAUGCUGAAGCUGUGCAGGCGUACCUGGAUAUGGUUCUAAGUAACGACGUCAGAGCUCAAGACAGCGUGAAUGCAUUAACAUUCCUCUAUAUGGGUAACAGGGCUAAUGCUAAAGCAGCGUUGGAAUACUUGAAGCCAAGAGUCAACGAGUUCCGCAAUAAAGUUGUGCUACCUGCCUGGUUCGAAAAUGUUCUUAGUAAUUUAGCAAGCUAUCUUGACGAAGAUGGUCUGACAGACAUGGAGCAAUGGCUUCGAGCAAACCAGGAAUCAGUAGCAGGAGCGGCAACUGGUUUGAAUGCCAUAGCGUCAUCUCGAUCAAACAUGCAGUGGGGAACUGACAACGCAUCAGCAGUUCUGAGAGCAGCAAGGGGUUCUGCAGCCAUCGUCGUUCCAACAACCAUGCUUAUGUUGAUUUCCGUUUCCCUAUUGUUGAGAUAGGCGAAUUUGAAAAAGCUACCAUCUAGCCUAGCAAGUUUAUUGAACCUGUUCAAGUAUUUGUAGAUGACUGGAAAUUUAUAAGAUAUUUAUAAGAUCUAUGUAUUGAUUUUCUGUCUGUUUCGCAUCUUAUUAGAUUCAAUAGACGUCAUAUAAAUGUAGUAAUUUUUUUUGACGAUUUCUUUCAAAAAUGAAUCUAUUAUUCUUUUUUCCUCAUCACCACUGAAAUUUCACGUGCCAAUAUGCCAAAAUAUAAUAUAUAUAUAUAUAUAAUUAUAGAAACAUCCGAAGCUAGCUGAUAAUUACUGGGUAAUGAUAUGACAACAAUAAUUCAUAAGGUGCUUAAAAUAAUACUUAGAUUCAUAAAUAAUCGAGUUGGUAUGAGUAAUUACUGGAAAUAAAAAUACAGUUUUUGUUUUACUUAAAAAUUCAAAUUUAUAUACACUUCUUAAGAAUUAUCAUUAGAUGAAUUAUUUCGUAUUAAUUAUAUGAAGAGAGCUUCUUAAAAUAAAACAAAUUUUUCUGAACUAAUGUUAUUGUUAAUCUUAUUUUACAAAAGAUACUAUAUAAAAAUCAGAGAUUUUAACGUUAAAUUACUAUUCAUUCAAUAAAGUCAGAAAUUAUAUUCAUAAUGAAUAAGUAGUUUAAUUUUUCUAUGUUUAUAUCUCCAUCAGAAAGUGAUUUUGGAUUAUAGAAAAUAAAACAGAAGAUAAUUAAAAUGAUUACGUUAAUUUAAGAAUGCUUAAUAAUACUCUAGUAAAGGUCCUCGUCUUGUAUAGU